AUGAAAACUAGUCCCGCAGAACCACCCAAUCAACGGGUCAGAGAGAAUAGUUAUACAGAUCUAGCAUCAAAUGCCGUUUUCUUGUCCUAUCAUUCAUAUCUAUCUGCAAUCAGAAGCACUAGUCCCACAGAAGUACCCAGUCAACGGAUUGGAGAGACAAGAUGUACGGAUUUAGCAUCAGGAAAAGUAUUCACAGUUUUACCACCCGGCUUGACAGCCACUGGAAGAGUGAGUCAGCGGCGAGAAUGGUUAUUGUUGGGUACAUUUACCCGAGAAGCCGAUGGAGAGGAUGAACGGUUUGGUAAAAGAGAGCUAAAGCGAAAACGGGGGCGGGGCCGAGGGCGAAAGGCUGGCCUUUCUAUGGAACUCAAACCAGUCAUAAAAAACAAUCAAACGUUCUCGCCCUUCCUACGUUUACCGCCUGAGAUUCGAACUCAAAUCUAUGACCUACUUUCUCCUCCCUCCCAAGUCAUCGAGGUACUCUAUCACCAUUUUCAACGUGAUGUUGAAGUACGUAAUGGCAUACGUUACAGAAAGUACACCAAAGGAGGUCUGGCCUACUACAAGAAUUUACCAGUGACUUGUCUUUGGCGAGUAUGUCGACAGAUAUACCAAGAGAAAACAUAUAAUAUGUACGACCGAAAUACUUUCGUAUUUCAUGAUAUGGAUACCUUGCAAAGGGUAUUAACCACCCUAUCAUUGACUCAGAGGAAUAACAUCAAACGUGUUUGUUUAACGACUUUUCCCAACGUUCAGGACAUGUCUGAGAUUUUGUUGAAAAGAUUUCAUGGGCUUGAGACUAUAGUCGCCUUAGUGGGGAGUGAUUUUACUUGGCCAGCCUAUAUGAAUCCAGUGUUUAGCUUGCUUGAGGCGCAGGAGCAGCGGAGCCUGAAGGGAAAGAAAAGGGUAACUAUCGAGUAUCAGCCGAUCACUCAAAUUAAGAAUCACUCAGCAGUCGAUUACUAUCCCUACACUUCGAUAGAUUGA